AUGAUGGAAGAAGAACUUAAGUACCAUCAACAAUUUAUGGACGGGUUUCUUAAGGCAAUACAGACUUCUAAUGAUGCUGAUGUCCACCACAUUAUCGAUGUUGUGCGGUCGGGAUCAUCGACCAUGAAUCGCGUUCUUACGGAUAAUCGUUCUUCUUACAAUGACGUCCCCAAAGGAGGUCCGUUAAGGGGCUGGCCUAAGAGGAAGGCUUCUAAAUCGGCUACAUCGGAUUAUCUUAUAGCCCAGCUGCUGGAUCCAAGCGAAAUUCAAAGUGAUAGCGACUCAGCCCAGCAACCUGUUUCCGUACCCCACGAGCUGUCGCGUGCUACCAAGGAAUAUCUCGAGAAGUCUGAGAAUCUAGAAAUGCUUUGCGAAUGA